ACAUUGGGUCCAUGACGCUUUUAGCGUGCAUUCCUAGGCUUUAGCAACGUUACGGGGCCGGGUCUUACAACGGAUGAAUUGUCAAAUUGAUGACCCUGAACCCUUGGAGCUCGAAAUUAAUACGAGUAACAAUACUACAAUACACGAAAUUGCGCUCUCCUAGUCAACAUAAGCAUAAAUACUAUAUACGGACGGAUCUGCGGAUGAUGGUCGAAAGAAUAUCAAUAUGAAAGAGGCUUUCAAAGGGGGAUGUGAAUGGAUAUGGACGACCCUUGGGGCUCACCGUGGGCCGACGAAUUGAACAAUGACGAUGGAUUGGGAACUCGGAGCAUUGACAAUGUAGCAGAUGGAAGUCGGGUUGGAAAGGCGAGUGAAGCUUUAAGAAAUAACGUUAACGCGACUUGGGGUACUUCGGACGAUGGGUUUGGGGAUUGGGGAGAGGACACGGGGAAAAAGAAAGGGGGUCUGGGUUUGGACGGCGCAGCAGAACAAUGGGAUACACCGAAUCGUGGAAGAAAGCUGGAGGUAGUAAAGGAUGAUGUUGGAUCAUUAUCGCCUGGUUGGGGCAAUUCUUCUCCGAGUCCUGCGCGUGAAGUUCCGAAAUUAUCACCGAGUCUCCUGGCGGAACCUGUUGCAAUUGCUCGACAACCCUCUCCGGAUCCCUGGGCAACCGCCGUCUCUUCUGAGGAGUCUGUGACCGUUAAAGACAAGGUUAAUUCAGGGGCUACGACUACAAAUCGAGAGCCCUUUCAAGAGGUCGUCGAAGAAGCCACUGAUGAGGACUCUGAAGUAGAGUCUCCCGAGGUAUUCGAGGCAAUUGUGCCGCAACCCGAGAAUUCCGACGAGACAAAAUCCGAGCCAGAAGAACUUCCCGUUGAUGAAACAGCUCAAGUGGCAAUAGGUGGAAUUGAUACAAUUAAUGAGGAAGCAAUUGGACUCGGCAUUGAUUUAGAACCCAAGAGUGAUCUAUGCACCGAAAUCGUCGAGGAAGAACAUCAUGGAUCGGACGACACUGUUCUGCCAUCGACACAGGUGCUCGAGCAUGAAUCUUCGCGACCAUCUUCUUCGCCAUCUGAUAUAAGUCAUCAUGACGAAUUUCUGCCAGAGUCACCGCGGACAUCUCUAGAUGAAGAACCGAAAAGGUCUCGAACUACCAAAAUUGUGUCGCCGACUACCCAGGAGCCAGUCGAAGACUUAGAUGACCUAGCCAAGCCAGAAGACGAGCUUGUUGUGGAAGAUGUUGAAGUAGAGGAGGAAAUCGAAGGUCCGACGGAGCAAAAUAACGAACAUGUUGCUAUAACAAAGUCAGAAGUUUCAGAGGAUGAUGAAGUAGAAGGGAGCUCCAAUGCCGAGGAGCCAGAUGAUGACGAAUUCGGAGAUUUUGGAGAUUUUGAGGAGGGGUUUUCGGAUGAUGGUGAAGAAAUUGUGGAAAAUAACGAUUCGAUUAAGCAGCCCAUUUCUUCCGAAUUGGCUACACCACAAAACGAAUCUUCGGACUUACCGAAAAGACCGACAGGACCCGUUGACUUCUCUAUCGACCUGACAUCUGUGAAGACGUUGUUCGGGGAAGCCAAUGAAGAUUACGACGAAGCAGUUGAAAAGAUUUUUAUACCCGAUACUAUCAUUGCUGAUACUUUCGCAUCUACCGAAGAACGAAAGAUGUGGUAUAGAGUAUCAAGGUAUGGUACUAUGCGAAGGUACAAUACUGGAGACGAUGAAAACUAUGUUCGGAUCUCAUGGGGUCCAUCUCAGGUUAAGCAAGAGACUCAAAAGACAGUGGCCAGAUGGAUGGAAGAAGAUCGAAACAAUGGGCAUGUUAGUCUUGGGGGUACAAGCAAAGGUGGUUCUCUUUUUGGCUGGAAUGAUCCAAAUGCACCACCUGUUCCAUUAGCAACAAUUCUUGGCUCAAAACGAAAGAGUGUGAAGCUCGAAGCGAAGGUAGCUGCUAAGGAAUCAGUUGAUGUUCCUAAGAAAUUGUCGAAAGAGGUUACUCGAGAUCGAUCCAGGUCCAAGUCUCGUUCAUCAUCGAAACCGAGAGAACACAGCUCGACGGAUUCAGUGGACUCAGGUGUUAAUAUAAAACCACCGCCACCGCCUCCCGUGGCACAGUUUGGAUGGGCUUCGUCACCAGCAACGCAGGCCGCUUCUGGCUUUAGUAAUACUCCCCCAGACACAGGAUCUUUUAUGAAGACCUUCACCCUCCCGAUGAACUCUACUUUUGGAAGUUUCGGGCAAUUAAGUCCUGCGUUACCAAGCCCAGCACCCAAAUCUCCAAUAGAACCACCUCCAAGCUUUGCCCAAGCGGCUAAGAAACCCCGACCUAUAUCAAUGCCACCCCCAUCUACAAACAGCUUGAACGGCAAACCUGCCAGUUUAGCCUUCAUUUCUACCGAUUCAGAUUCAGAUGACGAUGACGACGAUGAUGAAUGGGGCGAAAUGGUCUCCUCGCCCAUUGUUACUGAGGCUCCAAAGUUUCCCACCAGAGGCUUGAGGCAUAAGAAGUCGAUGAGCCUUGGAGAUUCGCUUACCAACUCUACUACUCUUCCAAAUCCUCAGAUUACAAAACUUCAAUCUGGAUUUGGUCUAAAUCGAAAAUCAAAACUCGAACAAAUUCUUGGGCUCCCUAAAAGCCCUACAACAUUGCAGUCCCCACAACUAUCCGGUACUAUUCCAUCUCCUAUAUCUUCAAAUCCUUCGUUUGUAGACUUGUGGUCUAUGCCCGCCAGUACUCCAGUGCCAAUUCAAUCAACUGCGCUACCCCCUCCGUCACCGGCACCAUCAGCCACAGCAUUUUCUGACCGCUCGCCCCAACCGAUCUUGUCCUCACCAUUAAAUACAAGCUUUACAGAUACUUGGUCUCAACCUCCUCCCCCUAGCAUCUCUUCUGUAUCAGCCCCACCCACCACAAGUACUUGGUCACAGCCACCGAGUCCUUCGAUACAACCUGCCUCAACUAGCGUGCAGGAUCCAUGGGCGUCAGUCGAUUUCUCUUUCUUUGAUGCGCCAACUCCUUCUCCCGCACUCGCAACAGGACCUGCCCCUAGAUUACUAUCCAAACAAACCAUAAAACCAAGACCACAAUCUUAUCCAGCUCCACCAAAACCUAAAACUGUUACCUUCUCUACUCCUCCUCCUAAAUCUACACCCUCACCUUUGGCCCCUGCCUACACAAGUCAUGACUCAAAAACCAAGUUUGAAAUGGAGCAGGAUGAGAUUGUAAGGAGAAUCGUGGGUGGCUUGCCCAAUUUGGGAUAUAUGCUUAGACGAUGAAGUACUAGAUCACUUGGAGAAAGUGAUUCACGAAUCUGAGGGGCUUUUUGCACACAUGUAUGUGAUGUGUACAAUGAUGGGAAAUAGAAAAGAAAACACAAUCAAACAGUUUGUAUAACGGAAACGAUAAAUUCCACGAAGAGGUAUAACUUCUAAAGAUGCCAGGACGAUAGAUAAGGCGUGAUGGGGAAUAUUUAAAAUAUCAAUACUUGGGAGUCAUGGGGCGAAUUGAUGGGAUUUUAUGGGAUUGUCUGCAUAGCUUGCAUGGGCGGUGGACGAGGGAUUGGUAAACUCCACAUCCCAUGAGAUGACAAUGAGUCUCGUAAUUGGAUUAGGAAACUUCUGGAUGUUGUUCGCUCGGUUGAAUACCUUGCUAGAUAGGAUGGAUAAAUGAAGAUGGAAUAUGAAGAUAAAAUUUGAUACUGAAUGAAUGAAGCUUA